AUGGGUAGCUUUGAUUUGAACCAUUCUCUGAAACCCAAUUCUGACAAUUUGGAAAACCUUCUUGAUCCUGAAGAGUUCAGGAGGCAAGGCCAUAUGAUCAUCGACUUCAUUGCUGAUUACUACAAAACCAUUGAGAAAUAUCCGGUUUUAACCCAAGUAAAACCUGGUUAUCUCCGAAAAAGAUUGCCAAAAUCCGCACAGUAUAACCCCGAACCAAUCGAAACCAUCCUCCAUGAUGUACAGGAUCAUAUAAUUCCAGGUCUAACACACUGGCAAAGCCCUAGCCACUUUGCAUUCUUCCCUUCAAGUGGGAGCAUUGCAGGGUUUCUCGGCGAAAUGCUCGCCACCGGAUUCAACGUCGUUGGCUUCAACUGGAUGUCGUCGCCGGUCGCGAGUGAGCUCGAAAGCAUAGUCAUGGAUUGGCUCGGAGAAAUGCUUAAGCUUCCCGAGUCUUUCCUUUUCUCCGGGGGAGGCGGUGGCGUUUUGCAUGGAACUACCUGCGAGGCCGUUUUAUGUACCCUAGUUGCUGCUAGGGAUCAAAUGCUGAGCAAAAUCGGGAGAGAAAAUAUCGGAAAGCUAGUCGUUUAUGCGUCGGACCAAACGCAUUGUGCAAUCAAGAAAGCUGCACAAAUUGCUGGAAUUGAACCGAAGAAUUUCCGUGUCAUCACGACUUCGAGAUCAACAUCAUUUUCUCUCCCUCCUGAUUUGCUAAGAUCCACCAUUCGUUCGGAUAUCGAAGCUGGUUUAUUUCCUAGUUUUGUAUGUGCAACCAUGGGAACAACCUCAACCACUGCUGUUGACCCAUUGCCAUCCAUAUGUGACGUCGCAAAAGAUUACGGCAUGUGGGUUCAUGUCGAUGCUGCAUAUACUGGGAGUUGCUGCAUUUGUCCCGAGUUUCGACAUUUCAUCGAUGGCGUUGAAGGUGCAAACUCGUUCAGUUUCAACGCACACAAAUGGUUCUUCACGACCCUCGACUGCUGCUGCCUCUGGCUAAAAGAUCCAAGUGCCUUGAUCAAAUCACUCUCUACCAACCCCGAGUAUUUAAGAAACAAAGCCACCGAUUCAAAACAAGUAGUGAACUACAAAGACUGGCAAAUUGCACUCAGCAGGAGGUUCAGAGCCUUAAAGCUUUGGCUGGUGCUGAGAAGCUAUGGAGUUGAGAAACUCAGGGACACGCUUCGAAGGCAUGUAGAAAUGGCCAAGACUUUUGAAAGACUCAUAGCUGCAGAUAAAAGGUUCGAGAUUGUUCAUCCUAGGUAUUUUGGCCUGGUCUGCUUUAGGAUCUCUCCGACGGCUAUCAUCGAUCAUAAGCCUAAGAACAAGCCGAUCCAGAACGUUGGAGCAUAUAAUGAUGAUCGUGAUGAUCAGAAAUGUAUAAACGAGAUUAACCACAAGUUGCUCGAGUCCAUCAAUGCGUCGGGAUCUAUGUAUAUCACUCACGCGGUGGUUGAUAAAAUAUUUUUGCUGCGUUUCGCAGUUGGUGCGACCCUGACGGAAGAGUCACAUAUUUUCAUGGCUUGGAAGGUGGUGAAACAACAUGCAGAAGAUAUUCUUAAGGAUGUCUAA